AUGACCAUCAACGUCCUCACGACCAAUGCGGUCGACCUGCAGCGCCUACUCGAUGAGAACAAGACCACGAGCGCUCAGGACGUGGAAGAGUAUUUGGCACAAAUAGAUCGCUAUGAGCCUGCACUCAAUGCGCUAAUCUCUCCUGCCCCACGGGACAAAGUCCUCGCAACCGCCAAGGCUCGUGAUGAGGAGCGCCAGACAAACCUGGGGUCCUUUUCAUGGAAUUCCCAUAGUUCUGAAAGAUUGCUUUGUCACAGCAUCGGAGCUUGGCAUGAGCACCACAGCUGGGUCAUAUGCGUUCUAUAUGUUCGGUUUAAUAAGGAAGUUUAUUGGAUUGACGUUGUUCUAGGAAUUUGCUGGUAUGAAAAUGACCAUGAUGAUGCCCGGUUGGUCUGCUCACGGUGGUCAGACUCUGUCGCCACUCCCGGGGCCUCAUCCACUGGCUCUGCGGUCGCUGUAGCCGCUGGGUUUAGUCCUCUUGCCAUGGCCACAGAGACCAUAGGUUCCAUCGUGACUCCGUCAACACGCGCCGGUCUGUAUUCACUCAAGCCUACUACCGGAGUCCAGGAUACUACUGGAUUAUAUACUGAUGCGACUACAGUGUAG